AUGGAUCUAGGAUCGAAAGGAUCCGACUGUGGCAUUGUAAAUGUCAAUAUCCCAACGAGUGGGGCUGAGAUUGGAGGUGCAUUUGGAGGAGAAAAGCACACUGGUGGUGGUCGGGAGUCCGGGAGUGAUGCCUGGAAACAGUACAUGGAAAGAUCCACUUGUACUAUCAACUACAGGCCACCUACCGGGGAGCAGCCCGGAGAGCUCUACGCUCCGUUCUCUGGGCGGAGGAACUCGGCGAGCGCGCAGCCCUGGGGCACGGCGCGGAGGCCGCAGCGCGCGGAGGGCGCGCGAGGGCAUCGCAGGGCGCACGUGGGCGCGGAGUGCGCAGGCGCAGCGCUGGCGCGGGGCUGGCCAUUGGAGGCGAGGAAGAAAGGGGUAAAUGCAGCCAAAAAUGUUCCUGUUCAUCAGGAAAGGACAGAGCUUUCUGAGAAAUUCAGCUCAGGAGAAUUGAUUAUGGGCAGUAUUGUCUCUAACUCAAGCUGCGAAAUCAGAGAUCUGGGGACAUUGGCUGCUCUCUCUCCUCCAGUAGUCAUCAACACUUCUGUGAAUGUUAAAUUGCCACAUAAUAUGAUCUCAAGAAAUAAUUUGGAGGCAUCUACGUGUAAAAUGACAGAGCCAUUUAAUUUUGAGAAAAAUGAAAACCAACUUCCAGCACCUGAUUCUUUAAGAAGUCCUGGAGGACAUGCUAACCACCCUAAUUUCCGGUUGAAAAGCCCAGAGAAUGGACAUAAAAACAAUUUUUUGCUUUGUGAGCAAACCAAACAGUAUUUGGCUAGUCAAGAAGACAGUUCAGUAUCUUCAAACCCUAACAGCAUCAAUGGAGAGGUGGUUGGAUCCAAAGGAGAUAGGAAGAAGUCAGCAGGAAACUCAGUAUCACCAUUAAAUGUUGGAAACAGUUCACCACCCAAAGAAGUAAGUAAUAAGCCUAGCAAUAAUGUGCCUCCUGCAAAAUCAAAAAAAGUACACAAGUUGGUUGAGAAUUCCUUGUCCAUAAAUAAUUCAGCACUCUUCAACUCCUUAGGACCUCCUCUUCGGUCAACAACUUGCCAUCGCUGUGGCCUAUUUGGAUCGCUGAGGUGUUCACAGUGCAAGCAGACAUACUAUUGCUCCAUAGCAUGCCAGAGAAGGGACUGGUCGGCACACAGCAUUGUGUGCAAACCUGUUCAACAAAAUUUCCAUAAACAUGAAGCUAGUAAAUCACCUUUUGAAACAAAGAACAUGGAAGUGAAAAAUGAGAGUGACUACCCUCUUGGAGUUACUAAAGAAAUAGCCAUUUGUACUGAUAAAAUAAUGUUUUCUGAUUUGAGAAGUCUACAGCUCAGGAAAACCAUGGAAAUAAAGGGUACAGUGACUGAAUUCAAACACCCAAGUGACUUUUACGUGCAGUUAUAUUCUUCAGAAGUUUUAGAAUACAUGAACCAACUAUCUAGGAGCUUCAAGGAAACAUAUGCAAAUAUGACUCAGGAGGAAGAUUACAUUCCUGUUAAGGGGGAAGUUUGUGUUGCCAAGUACACUGUUGAUCAGACCUGGAACAGAGUAAUAAUACAAGAAAUUGAUAUGCUACAGAAGAAGGCACAAGUCUUAUAUAUUGAUUAUGGAAAUGAAGAAAUAAUUCCAAUAAAGAGAAUUCACCAGCUAAACAGAAACAUUGGUUUAUUUCCUCCAUGUGCCAUAAAGUGCUUUGUGGCCAGUGUUAUCCCAGCAGAGGGGAAUUGGAGCAAUGAAUGUGUCAAAACUAUUAAAUCGCUGUUAAUGGAGCAGUAUUGCUCUAUAAAGAUUGUCGACAUCUUGAAAGAAGAAGUGGUUACCUUUGCUGUGGAUGUUAUGCUGCCAAGUUCAGGAAAACGCUUAGAUGAUGUGCUCAUAGAAAUGGGAUAUGGCUUGAAACCCAAGGCACAAAAUUCUAAGAAGCAAAGUGCAGAUCCAAAUGACCUUGAGGAUGUUGGAAAAAUGACAGCUGAAAACAAAAUUGUUGUAGACAGAAGUGAUCUAAUCCCAAAAGUGUUAACUUUGAAUGUAGGCGAUGAGUUCUGUGGUGUGGUUGCCCACGUUCAGACUCCAGAAGACUUUUUUUGUCAACAGCUACAGAGUGGACAUAAGCUCGCUGAACUUCAGGCAUCCCUUAGCGAGUACUGUGGUCAAGUGUCUCCACGCUCAGAUUUUUAUCCAACCAUUGGUGAUAUCUGUUGUGCGCGAUUCUCAGAGGAUGAUCAGUGGUACCGUGCCUCUGUUUUAGCUUAUUCUUCUGAACAAUCUGUACUGGUUGGAUAUGUAGAUUAUGGAAACUUUGAAAUCCUUAGUUUGACGAGACUUUGUCCCAUAACUCCAAAACUGUUGGAAUUGCCAAUGCAAGCUAUAAAGUGUGUGCUGGCAGGAGUAAAGCCAUCAUUAGGAAUUUGGACUCCAGAAGCUAUUUGUCUGAUGAAAAAAAUUGUGCAGAACAAAAUAAUCAUGGUGAGAGUGGCAGACAAGCUGGAAAACAGCUCCCUGGUGGAGCUUGUAGAUAAAUCUGUGACGCCUCAUGUCAGCAUUGCUCAGGCUCUUAGAGAUGCUGGCUUUGCUGUUCGGGAGACAGGGAUGUUGGCAGAAAAACCCAGUGUCAUGAAAGAAGCCAACGAUCCCUUGGGUGUAGAAGAAAAACCAAAUCCAUUGGAGUGGACAUGGGUUGAACUUGCUGUUGACCAAACAGUAGAUGUUGUGGUCUGUAUGAUGUACAGUCCUGGAGAAUUUUAUUGCCAUGUGCUUCAAGAGGAUGCCUUAAAGAAACUCAAUGAUUUGAACAAGUCAUUAGCAGAAUAUUGCCAGCAGAAGGUGCCCAGUGAUUUUAAGGCAGAAAUAGGGAGACCAUGUUGUGCUUCUUUUGCAGGUGAUGGUAAUUGGUAUCGUGCUUUAGUCAAGGAAAUCUUAGCAGAUGGAAACAUUAAAGUCCAUUUUGUGGAUUAUGGGAACAUGGAAGAAGUUACUGCAGAUGAACUCCAAAUGAUCCCAUCCAAAUUUUUAAAACUUCCAUUUCAAGGGAUACGGUGCUGGUUAGUAGAUAUACAGCCUAGAAACAAGCAUUGGACUGAAGAAGCCAUAGCAAGAUUUCAGAUGUGCGUUGCAGGGAUAAAACUCCAAGCCCGAGUGGUUGAAAUCACUGGACAGGGAUUGGGAAUCGAGCUCACUGAUCUCUCCACUUCUUACCCCAGAAUAAUUAAUGAUGUUCUGAUUGAUGAAUAUCUGGUUUUAAGAACUAGUUCACGACAUAAAGACUUGACAAAUAAUAGAUCUGUGGGUAAACAUAAUCUUCAAGUUGAUGUCGGGCUUCAAGCCAUCUCUUUAGCUGAGCAGUGGAGGACGAUAGAAUUGCCAGUUAAUAAAACUGUACAAGCAAGCAUAUUAGAAAUUGUAAGCCCACAUUUAUUUUAUGCUCUACCAAGUGAGAUGCCAGGAGAUCAAGAAAGAUUGAAAAUAUUGACAGCUGAAUUGUUAGAAUAUUGCAAUACUCAGAAAAGCCAAUUGUCUUACAGACCCAAAAUUGGUGAUGUGUGCUGUGCCAAAUACACAAAUGAUGAUUUCUGGUACCGUGCCAUUGUUCUGGGGACAUCAGAUGCCGAAGUGAAAGUGCUCUAUGCAGAUUAUGGAAACCUUGAAACUCUGCCUCUUUCCAGAGUGCAGCCAAUUUCUAUCAGGCACCUGGAGCUUCCUUUCCAAAUUAUUAAAUGUUCACUUGAAGAAAAGACAUGCAGGAUGAAUUGCUGUUGCACAGAGUUACAGAAACAAGUUGAAAAACAUGAACAGGUUCUUCUCUUCCUCUUAAAUAAUCCAACAAAUCAAAAUAAAUUUAUUGAAAUGAAAAAAUUGUUAAAAAGUUAA